AUGGCUUCGCGCCCAGCCUUCGAUUCUUCGGGACCCACCCGUGAUGAAAUCCGUUUCAUCGAUUUUGAUCGUGAUUGCAAAGGCGGUAGACGACGUGUGGAUCGUCAUGCUGCCGAUACUCUACCUGCCACGGAUGACCGACUCGUCAUGGCCCCACCUCUGUAUGGUGAUUUAGGAAAAGAUGCGAGGAAUGUGUUCGGCAAAGGUUACAGCUUUGGACUCAUUAAGUUGGACUGCAAAACACGAACAGCUUCUGGAGUAGAAUUUUCAACUGGCGGAGUUUCCAACCAGGAAACUGGAAAAGUUUUUGGAUCUUUAGAAACAAAGUACUCUGUGAAGGAAUAUGGUCUUACUUUUUCUGAGAAAUGGAACACUGACAAUACUCUAGGCACGGAGGUGUCUGUUCAGGAUAGUAUUGCAAAGGGCCUGAAAAUUGGAUUUGACACUUCGUUUGCUCCGCAUACUGGAGAAAAAUCUGGAGUGCUGAAAUCAGAGUUCAAGAACGAAGUAUGUGCUGUGAAUUGUGAAGUAGACCUUGAUUUAUCUGGGCCCCGAGUCUCUGCUGCUGCUGUUUUAGGAUACAAUGGUUGGCUUGCGGGUUAUCAGACUGCUUAUGAUAAGCAGAGAUCUAAAAUUGUUAAAAACAACCUUGCUCUUGGAUACGCUGCUGGUGAUUUCAUUCUGCACACAAAUGUAGACAAUGGUCAGGAAUUUGGUGGCUCUAUUUACCACAAGGUCAACUCAUGGCUGCAGACUGCAAUCCAGAUAUCUUGGUCUUUUGAUAAUAAUGAGACCAAGUUUGGCCUUGGUUGUAAAUAUGAUAUUGAUAAGGACUCUGCGCUUAGGGCAAAAGUUAAUAAUUCCAGCCAAAUUGGUAUUGGUUACUCUCAAAGGCUUCGUGAAGGCAUCACAGUCAGCCUUUCAGCAUUGAUCGAUGGCAAGAACUUCAAUCAAGGUGGUCACAAGAUUGGAGGAACGAAGACCCCUGCUGGGGCAAGAGCCAUCGUGGAGACACUAAGUCUCGAUGCUGGUUCCCUUGGUGAUGGGGAUCUCAGUGCACUCACACUGCAACAUACGGGUGAUCAGUUUACUUCAUCCGAGUUGGAAUCAUUCGCCACCCUGCAGGCUGAACUAGAGUGCUAUAACUCCGCCGUUGGGGUUGAACUCGACGGCGGAGGAGAUGGUUUGGCUGACAAUGCAGUAGAGGUCACUAUCUCAAGUAGUCAUGGACCUGAGUCUCCAGAAUGUAUUUUGCCAGAUAUUGAAGAAACCCAUGAAAUGGAAGUUGGGGAUAUGGGGUUGGCACACACUGAAGAUAUCAACCUCCAGUUGACCCCUCAGACACAGCAUUUGAAUGCGAAUCUAAACCUUGGUGCACCGUCCAUUGUUAAGGGAACUUCGGGGUCUUCUAUUGUUGUGAUUCAAUCACCAUUGACAUCUAGUGGUGGAAACCCAUCACAUGUAACAGUGAGUGGCGGGCAGAUAGUGGGCAAAAUAGCUGGAUUGGCUGGAAAUGUUGCACAGUUUCAGCCAAUCUCCCAGACCCUGGUGACUGCUAAGAGUGCAGAUGGAAAUAUUGUGCAACUGCAACCAGCAAAUGUAUCUAGUUCUGGAGGAAUUUCCACAUCGACUAUACAGAACAUGCGACCUCUACAGGCGAGUGUGAAGCGACCUGCUUCCAAUACAUCUGGCCCAGUAUUUGCCAAAGUGAUAAUCACUGGCAACCAGCAUGGCAGUGGGCAAGGGAGCAGCGGGCAGCCGGUAGUGAUUGCCACAUCGCAAGCGGGCGGCACACUGGCUGGGGGUCAGCCCAUCAAGAUUGUGACGAGUGGCAGUGCCAACAGUGGGCAAGGUACUUUGGUGGCCUCCCCGACGAAAGCCAUUACCCUGGCUCAGGCACAGCAGAUGGGGCUCUUGUCUCCCACGAAGCUCCAGCAAAUCCUCCCAUCGUCUCCCAACAAGCAGGUGAGGCUGCUGGCCACUCAGAAGCAAAGUAUCAUUGUCAACAAGCUUGUGACAUCACCAGUUAAAGCUCCUGCAAAAAUUGCUGCCAUUGUACCAAGCAGUGGUGCUGGACCAACUAUUGUAAAAUCACCAACCAAGAUCCUUCCUGCACCUGUCUCGGGUAUCACCCAACUGAAAGCCGUAGGAGCACCACCUUCUACCACAACAUCAGUUUCUCAAGUUGUCAGCACUAGCAUAGGGACAACUCCAGCCACUGUAACAGCUUCGAAACAAAUGAUUGGCCCACAGAAAGUCAUCAUUCGCCAGGCGAAUCUUGGAGGCUCCUUGAAACCUGGCACUGUCUUGGGCCAAGCUGGCUCAGGUCAGGUCAUUCGCAUUCCUGCUACGCAGAAUGUUAUGACAGCUGGGAAUAUUGCACAGAUUCAGCUUCCAGGGAUCGUCUUGUAUGCAAACGCCUGGUGCAUAGAAGGCCAAAUUGCUCUAAUAUUUCAGUUGCAAUAUGUGAGGUUGGUGAGUGCAAGCAGUACCAGCGGUACAUCGACAUCAACUUCCACUGUGAAGCCAAGGACCACUCUUGUUUCAACUACAAGUAGUCGACAGGGUCAGCAGCCUGCAACAGUGAAAAUGGUACCUAUAGCUCCAGCCCAGCCAUCUGGAAGACCAAUGAUGCCCAAAAGUGGAACAUCAGUGGGGACCCAACGCAUUCUUAUCCCAGCAUCUGGCUCCAUUUCACAACUGAGAGCUGGCACAGUCACUGCGUUACCAGCCUCUGCUGUAGGGCAGCUCCAGGCAGGACAGGCCUUGCUCCCCUCAGGGGCGUCAUCCUUUGUGAUGGUGCCUGCCCAUUAUGUGCAACAGCAACCACCACAGGCCACACAAGCGUCUCAACCAUCCCAGCAACAAGUGCAGCAAGCAGCCACCCAAGCUGUGUCUGUUGCCACCAUCGCAGCCUCCAGCACUGUGACCAGCGUCACCACAACAUCAACGUCACCCACAGUGGCAGUGGCAGCGGCAGCUUCGGCAGCGUCAGCACAAGCUGCUACAUCAUUGGAGUUGGUAUCAACCACCCAGCGGAUACAACCUCCCACUCGCACAACACUGGAACCCAAUGGUAUCCGACCUCGUAAACCUUGCAACUGUACCAAAUCACAGUGCCUCAAAUUGUAUUGUGAUUGUUUUGCAAAUGGUGAAUUCUGCAAUCUUUGUAACUGUAACAACUGCUACAACAACUUGGAGCAUGAAGAGGAUCGUCAACGUGCCAUUCGCAGCUGUUUGGAGCGCAAUCCCAAUGCGUUCCGUCCAAAAAUUGGCAAGGGUAUGGUUGGAGAUGAACGCAGACACAACAAAGGUUGUAAUUGCAAACGUUCGGGGUGUCUCAAGAAUUAUUGUGAAUGUUAUGAGGCAAAGAUCCCGUGCUCAAACAACUGCAAAUGUGUGGGGUGCCGUAAUGUGGAAGAAACGUGUGACAAAAAAUCUCUUCGGGAUCUGGCUGAUGCUGCGGAAGUAAGGGUACAGCAGCAGGCUGCUGUGAAGAAUAAGGUGUCGGCCCAAAUACAAGAUGUUGCUUUCAGGCCUCAACCACCAGCUCCUCCUGGUGUUAGGCAACCCAGCAGCCUCAUGACGAACGAGGUGCUUGAAGCGACAUGCGAGUGCCUGGUGGCCCAGGCAGAAGAUGCAGAGCGCCAGGGACUGCCAGAAGAAGAAGCAGAGAGACUUGUGCUGGAAGAGUUCGGCCGUUGCUUGGUGCAAAUUAUUCAGUGUGCCAGCAAAAGAGAACAAAGAUUUGAAAAUUUCUCUUCACCUCACAAAAAAACCUCUGUUACUUUUGAAGGAUUCCUCAUUUACAUGCUGAAAUAUGCCAAAUGGAAGGUUAUGAAAAUUAUUUUAACUUUUGAUGAAUCGUGUUUUGAUUGCAGUAUUCUAGAUGGAUUUGAACUAGGCAUAAUUUGUUUUAUGAACCUUAUUGAUAUUGGAAGUUAUGAAAAUCAUUUGCGCUAG